CUUCUCCUCCCAGUCUACCCCGCGCUUCCUGCACUAAAGCGGUCUCCACCGCGUCCCGUUCCCCGGCUCGCUCGUGCAGGCGGUGCCAUGGCGGCCUUCAGCAAGUACCUCACGGUGCGAAACUCCUCGCUGGCGGGGGCCGCGCUCCUGCUGCUCUGCCUGCUCCACAAGCGGCGCCGCGCCCUCGGCCUGCACGGUAAGAAAAAUGGAAAGCCACCAUUACAGAACAAUGAGAAAGAGGGAAAAAAAGAGCGAGCUGUGGUGGACAAGGUGUUUUUUUCAAGACUCACACGGAUUCUGAAAAUCAUGAUCCCUAGAACAUUUUGUAAAGAGACAGGUUACUUGAUGCUUAUUGCUGUUAUGCUGGUGUCUCGGACAUAUUGUGAUGUUUGGAUGAUUCAAAAUGGGACUCUCAUUGAAAGUGGUAUCAUUGGUCGUAGCAGAAAAGAUUUCCAGAGAUACUUAUUCAACUUCAUCGCUGCCAUGCCUCUUAUCUCUCUGGUUAAUAACUUCUUGAAGUUUGGGUUAAAUGAACUCAAACUGUGCUUCCGAGUAAGACUAACUAAAUACCUCUAUGAGGAAUAUCUCCAAGCUUUCACAUAUUAUAAAAUGGGAAAUCUGGACAACAGAAUAGCUAAUCCAGACCAGCUGCUUACACAAGAUGUAGAAAAGUUUUGUAACAGUGUGGUUGAUCUGUAUUCAAAUCUUAGUAAGCCAUUUUUAGACAUAGUUUUGUAUAUCUUCAAGCUAACGAGUGCGAUAGGAGCUCAGGGCCCAGCAAGCAUGAUGGCCUACUUGCUUGUUUCUGGGCUAUUGCUAACUCGACUUAGAAGACCCAUUGGUAAGAUGACAGUAACUGAGCAAAAGUAUGAAGGAGAGUAUAGAUACGUUAAUUCUCGGCUCAUCACAAACAGUGAAGAGGUUGCCUUUUACAAUGGGAAUAAAAGAGAAAAGCAGACAAUCUACUCAGUCUUUCGAAAACUGGUGGAGCACCUACAUAAUUUCAUCUUAUUUCGGUUUUCUAUGGGUUUCAUCGAUAGCAUCAUCGCCAAAUAUUUUGCCACUGUAGUUGGUUAUGUAGUUGUCAGUCGUCCUUUCCUAGAUUUGUCUCAUCCUCGACAUGUCAGGAGUACACAUUCAGAACUUCUGGAGGAUUACUACCAAAGUGGAAGAAUGCUUUUACGAAUGUCCCAAGCUUUGGGUCGAAUAGUCUUGGCUGGCCGUGAAAUGACUAGAUUGGCUGGUUUUACUGCUCGGAUUACAGAAUUAAUGCAAGUACUAAAGGAUUUAAAUCAUGGCAAAUAUGAACGCACAAUGGUCUCGCAACAGGAAAAGGGUACUGAAGGAGCACAAGUCAUUCCCUUGAUACCUGGUGUUGGAGAAAUCAUUAAUGCUGAUAACAUUAUAAAAUUUGAUCAUGUUCCUUUAGCAACGCCAAAUGGAGAUAUCUUGAUCCAAGACCUUAAUUUUGAAGUUCAGUCUGGGGCCAACGUUCUAAUUUGUGGUCCAAAUGGCUGUGGGAAGAGUUCACUUUUCCGUGUUCUUGGUGAAUUAUGGCCUCUUUUUGGAGGACGCCUAACUAAACCUGAGAGAGGAAAGUUAUUUUAUGUUCCUCAGAGACCUUAUAUGACCCUAGGAACACUUCGAGACCAAGUGAUAUAUCCAGAUGGAAGAGACGAUCAGAAAAGGAAAGGGAUAUCUGACCUAGUACUGAAGGAAUACUUAGAUAAUGUCCAGUUGGGUCAUAUCCUUGAACGUGAAGGAGGCUGGGACAGUGUUCAGGAUUGGAUGGAUGUUCUCAGUGGUGGAGAAAAGCAAAGAAUGGCGAUGGCAAGAUUAUUUUAUCAUAAGCCCCAGUUUGCCAUUUUGGAUGAAUGCACCAGUGCAGUGAGUGUGGAUGUGGAAGGCUACAUUUACAGCCAUUGUCGGGAGGUUGGCAUCACCCUCUUCACUGUGUCACAUAGAAAGUCUCUCUGGAAACACCAUGAGUACUACCUGCAUAUGGACGGCAGAGGGAAUUAUGAAUUCAAACAGAUAACAGAAGAUACAGUUGAGUUUGGCUCUUAGAAUCGGAGAACUGUAUACUCUUCAAUGAAAUAAUUAGAGUACACUUAGAAAUACAAAGUACGUUGUAAGAUCAAGUUCAGCUUGUUUUUUUUUAAACAAAAGCAACAAAUGAACUAGAUAUAAAAUAAUCGAGAACAAGUUGUUAAAACGUUUAAUAUUAUAUAGGAUAUUGCUAAUUGUGUAUAUGUUGAUUUAAUUAUUAAUAUGUACUAAGAAUGUCCUUAUUCUUGUGGUUAAAAACCUGCCUAAAUUAAAUUGGGCUUAAAUCAGUGUAACCUGAUUCAUCCUGGGAUGUUAACCAUUUGAAGUCAGCUAAUUUGACUUUUAUGGCUCUAUCUUUUCCUUCAAUGAAGAACCCUAUUUAAAACUGGGGUCAUCACUUGUCCUGUUCUAAUGAGAUUGUCUUGAAUUUCAUUUUCUUUUGCCCCAUGAUAAUGGGAAAUGAACAAAUCACAUUUGUACAUCACAAAGAUGUACAACAUAAUUGCAUAAUAGCAUUUAUUACACAGUGGCAGAUUUCUUUAGCUGCCACAAUUAUACUCAUUCCUUGUAUAUGUCGUGGGGUACAGUUGACUCCAGGAGAGCCAUUUGAAUUUUCUUUGGCUAAAUAAUAAAUGUGCCCCUCUCAAUCUGCAGUAUUGAUUUGUUCUGAGGGUUCUUUGUGGUGAUGUCACAAAAGUAUAUGUGCCAUCUUGCUUACAAGGGGUGGUUACUACGUUUCACACCUGAUCUUCCCAGUGGUUGGGAUAUUAAAAUACAGAGUCCUGACGUGUCAAGGUCCUACAAAAUUGUUAGCUUUUUGGAAAAAUUGGAUGGAUUUUGUAUAUUAGAAGCCCAUUCAUUAGAAGUGUGGUGGUUACAUGGUGUUAGACUCCCAGUGAGCCUGAGGAAUGCACUACAUGAAGUAAUGCACUGAGUAUGCAGUGUUAUCACUCUCUUUGACCAUGAUUUCAUGUUUGAAAAAUAUGUUAUAAAAUUAUUAUGCACAGGUGAAUUAUGUUUCCUAGGCACUGGUUUAUCUCUGUAAAUCUUUAGUAACUUUUUUAUAUUUGAGGUAUUAUGUUGGAAAGAGAAAUCGAUUUCACCUCACCAAACCACCAUUAAUGACUGUAUUAUUUGUACAGGGAGAACUGAAACUGAAUACUAUUAAUAAGCUAGAUAUGAAAUCAGUUUUAUCAAACUGGAGUUCAGAAAGGGGCAUUUUAUGUUCUUGUUUCUGCGUAAGUGGUUUUGUUUUUUUGCAGAAUUAAUUAUAAGAAUCACCGGCUACCGAAGUAAAAUUUGAUGUACUGAUUCCAUGAUAUGUAACAUUCAAUUUUUAUCACUUCUCUUUAGCAAACUUGUAUACUUACUUAUUUUCUGUUCAGAUUAAAAAAAAAAAAAUCAGAUAUCCUAUA